GAAUCUACCGGUUUUUUUAAUAAUAAGCUACAGAUAAUUAUUUUGACUUGGUGGUGUGGUACCACUGUUGCUGAUUGAUAUCGUGGCUUAGAAACGUUCAUACUUCGUGGCAGCUGUGAUUGUUUAGAACAUAAAAUAAUAGAAUGGAAAUAGUUCAGGAAAAUUCUAACCAAUAUGUAUUGAGUAUUCCAAUAGCAUUUAUAGUUUUAAUAAUAGUUGGAGCAAUUUUAGUAUUUACUUUUGGGUUCAAGUCUGCUGAGCAACCACCUUUUGACAAACUUACUAAUGAAGAUAGAAAGUUGAUUGGAAAGAAACGAAAACCCAAAGAAAAGAAAACAACAUCUAGUGGGUUUGUCACCAGUGGGGAGAUAAAAAAUGAAAAAGAAUCCAAAAAAUCACCAGGAAAGGAGCAUUUGGAUGUUAAACUGGAACAGAAAGAAAGAAAAAUAGAUAACAAACAACUGGAAAAAAAUAAAAAAAAUGAACCCAUUAAAGUGAAAAGUAAUGAGGAUAUAAAAAACAAGAGGAAUGUAAAGAAAGUUUUAGAAAAACCUGUUGAUUUUGAUGAUGGUAACUGGGAAACAGUUCUUACAAAAUCCGACAAGAAAAAGAAGGGAGACCAAUCGUCUGAAAAAAAGGAGAAAAAAGUGAAGAAACCUGAGAAAGAGGAAACAGAAAAAAAAGUUGAAAUUGUUAUAAAUGAAGAAUCAAAAGAGAGUGACAUAAACAUUGAUCAGAAUUCCACCAAACCAAAAGUAAUUGAUGUUGAAAUUAAUAUUAUUGAAGAAAAAUUAGAGGCAGAAAAUGAAAAGAAGGGGAAAGAAAUCAGAAAAGAAGUCUAUAAUCGAUCAGAUGAACCCGAAGUAAAAAUGAUGUUGGUCAAUUGUCCAGAACCACUUUCACUUGAAACCUCUGCUGAUACUUGUCCUACACAAGAUGCAUUUAUAUCUAAUGAAGCAGCUGCUGUUUUUGACGAGCUCGGGGAUGUCUGGACAGAAACUAGGAUAACAAAGAAAACAAGUAAGAAGAAAGCUCGUAGGGAUAAUUGAAACCACAAAGUUAUAGUUUUAUUUUGCGCAUAUGAACAAUUAUUUUUUUAUCAGGUAUAUGGCAAAUGUCACCGUUACUACUGAUUUGUGAAGAUUUUGCAUCUCACAAUCUGAAAGGGCCCAACCUACUAUUUUAUUUGUUAUUGUAAUAUAUUCAUAGUGGGGUUUAGA